CAAAGAUUAAAGAUCCAUCGAAGGCCUUCUUCUUCAGUGUUUUAGGGGGCUGUCACUGGUUAGGGUCCGCUGAAGGUAUCUGGCUCAAAAAGGGCGCGAGGGGUGCCGCCACUCGGCGCAGGCGUCAUCCGGGCCGGCCGGGCGCCAUUCGGCCCGCACACUGCGCCGCUAAACGGGCGGCACCUGCCUUGACUGUGUGAGAUAACCCUAGAGACCCGCCCCUGCCAUGUCCUCCUGUGCCUCCCCUCCCGCGGGGCCCAUCGAGGUCAAGGUGCUCCCCCUGGACACUGGUGACCACAAAGUCCUCAGCAUAGACGCGGAAGACGUGACUGUCGAGCCUGUGUUACCAAAGCUCGAGGACGGCGACUCCAGCCCCUUCGAACUCUUCAAGCAGAGAAUGGCCUAUGAAAUCAUGUCUCUACAGAUGGCAAAGAACUCUCAGAUAAUCAGCGAGGCCAAAGCUAGCGGCAUCAUUCAGUACCUCAAGUGGAGAAAAAACCCAGCCGACUUCCCUAACCUCAAACUGUCAGACUUCAGCCGCCACACCAUAAGGGAGUACACGUCUGGCAAGAGGAUGGUGCUCAUUGACGUGCCGGACCUCAGUCUCUAUAACGUGCUUGCCGUGCCUAAGAAAACAGAUUUGGACAAAUGUGUCUCGUUCUCUGACUACCGGCGUGUGGUCCAUGCAGGUCAGCUGUUUGAAGUAGUGCAUCACCUCCACACAGACUCCAAUAAGAACACUCACUGUGGGUACCGACCAGUGUACGAUAGGUCAAAACAUGAGUACUUUGGGAUUCCACGGAGCUAUAUUCGCUUACACUGCAAGUUCUGCCCAGGAUGUGUGGUACAGAUGACAGUCAUAAAACCUCAGCAGCCUCACAAGCAGGUUUCCCAAGGUACCCCAAUCAUCAACCAGCCCGAAUUGGAGGAUGAACAGCUGAGUGAACUGAAUGCCAGCUGCCCAGACAAGGAUUCUAACCUAGGCCUGUUAAUUUGUAGCUAGGCACAAUAACCACUGCACCACAGAGGUGGGGAAGGCAGCAACGGCUGCAUCAUCCCAGGUUUUGAGAUCCAAUGGCUGUGUCUGGAUAUUGGCAUGAUGUGUUUCGAAUGUUUGAGAUCCCCUCUUGAUAAUCCAGAGGCUCUGUGACCCUCUACAUUCCAGAAUAAAGGGCUUUUACUGUAAUAUUAGAAUGUUCUGAAAAUUUGUGGGCCCAAGACUUGCAUUAGUCAAUGGCAGAAGAGAAAGGGAUGCUACCAUGACAAACUGCCAGAAAUAAGUUCAUUGUAAUGGUCUUUGGCACAGAUAAAGACUCUGAAAUGCCCCCAUCUUAGAGGCCUGGGUUUAAAUUGUGGGUAGCAUGUUGGGAAAAUUAUUUAAUCUCCCAAAUAGAACAAUUUUUCAUUUCCUUUGAGAAGUGGAAAUAUCCCAAACAGUGCUGCUGUCCAGCAGUGGAUCCAUCACUAUAUCGUAUAUCCCCAUGUAGAGGAACAAAAUGGGAUAGAGUGCAUCUCUUGAAGGGUUCUAAUCUUACUGUCAUAGAAAAUGUGGUCUGAAGAGUGACUUGAGAUAAAGCACAAAGAAACUUACAAUUUGGAGAAGAGAAGCCAUGUUAUGGCCCAAGAUGCAGAUAUAGACUUCAAAGUGCAUUAAACCUCGGAGUUCUCUCUCUGGCUCGAGUCCGCUUGACACUAGUGAACAGAUCAGUUUCUGAUGUGCUUUGAGAAGUGGAAGUACCUCCCACAGUACUCAACGUUCAAUGUUAAAGGGCCAUCAUGUGCUGCAGAUGAAGCCAAUCAUGAUUGAAGAAAAAUGCUUGAGAACCAUCACCUUACAUGAUAUUGCAUAAUUUUGGUCAUAACCCAUGUAUUAUAUGGCCCUUAAUAAAACUAUUGGGCAGCAAGGACAUGUGUUUCUUAGCAAGUGUCCUGACACAGUAUUACAUUGGCAAGGGUGAUAUGAGUAACAGCAGGACAACUGGUGAAUUUUAUAUGCUUUUUGUCAUUGUUGCUGAAAUUUCUAUUGAAGCAUCUCCAAGUGAUUUAACAUUAUCACCAAUACAACAAAAUGUGUGCAUUCUAUGGAGAUU